UAGGGGUUUUGAACGUGAAGCUCACUUUUCCUCCCUUAGCGCCCAGGUCGAGCGCGGUUUUCACGUGCGUUUUUUUCACGUGCGUCCAGGACUCUUCCUCUGCUGAGGCAGCGAGCACACGGUACUCAUUUCUGAGAAGCUUUCUGAGUGUACAAGAGUAGGACCUGGAUGUGACAACCACGUGGAAUUUGUGGUCUGAUGAAGUCCACUUCCCGCUGCGCUGGGCAGCUCAGCUUUGGACGCAACUUGCGAUGAAACUUUCUAAUAAUGUGAAGCUCUUCGUCAACGAUGCGCCGGCAACAGAAGGGAUGUUUAUCUCGAGCGCUUGAAUUCAAAUGAACGUGUAAUACAAUGCUGGAGAUGAAGGCUGACCAACGAACUAUGAACUUGUGUGUGUGGAUAUUAGUCUUAAACUUUUUCUUGUGCUGGACUUCGGUUGACGCACAGAUGGGGUUUGACGGUCCUCUCUCUGCACAGGAGCAGAUGUACAUCCUUUAUGAAAUCAAACUGCAGUGCUACCAGAACCUCUCCAACAUUGACCCAGGGUCCGCAGAUGAGGUGUGCCCUCCAGACUGGGACGGUCUUAUUUGUUGGCCCCAUGGCUCCCCUGGGCUGGUUACCAAGGUUCCCUGUCCGUCUUACAUCUAUGACUUCAAUCACAAAGGACAUGCUUACAGGAAGUGUGAUGUCAACGGUUCCUGGGUGUUUGUGGACCGCUGGAACAAAACAUGGACCAACUACUCUGAGUGUCUGCCCUUCCUUCAGCCCAGUGAUGAGGAAGGAAGACAAGACUUCUUUGAGCGGCUGUAUGUCAUGUAUACCAUUGGCUACGCUGUGUCCUUCAGCUCUCUGCUAGUGGCCAUCUUUAUCAUUGGAUACUUCAGGCGUCUUCACUGCACCAGAAACUACAUCCACAUGCACCUGUUUGUUUCCUUCAUGUUACGAGCAGUCAGCAUUUUUGUGAAGGACAAAGUCGUCCAUUCCAGCGCUGGAUUGCAGGACUUUGAUUCUGCCCUGUUGGACAACUUAAAAACAGUUAACAUGACACCACUGGACAAGUCUCAGUAUAUUGGCUGCAAGGUGACGGUGCUGCUCUUCAUCUAUUUUUUGGCCACCAACUACUACUGGAUCCUGGUAGAAGGCCUCUACCUCCACAGUCUCAUCUUCAUGGCCUUCCGAUCGGACUCCAAGUACCUCUGGGGCUUCACGCUCAUCGGAUGGGGUGUUCCAGCUGUUUUUGUGGCAGUAUGGGCGAUUGUCAGGGCAACGCUAGCAGAUGCAAGGUGUUGGGAGUUAAGUGCUGGUAACAUCAAGUGGAUCUACCAGGUUCCUAUCCUAACAGCUAUUGGGCUCAACUUCAUCUUGUUUGUGAACAUCGUUCGAGUGUUGGCCACUAAAAUUCGAGAGACAAACGCAGGGAGAUAUGACACCAGGAAACAGUACAGGAAACUGGCAAAGUCCACCCUUGUGUUAGUGCUGGUGUUUGGCAUCCACUACAUCAUCUUUGUUGGGAUGCCUUAUACAUUUGAGGGACCAAGCUGGGAGGUUCGCAUGUACUGUGAGCUGUUCUUCAACUCCUUUCAGGGUUUUUUUGUGUCCAUUAUCUAUUGCUACUGCAACGGAGAGGUCCAGACAGAGAUAAAGAAAACAUGGACACGCUGGAACCUGGCCUUUGAGUGGGAGGGCCCGGUAGUUUGCGGCCGCUACCAUUACGGCUCCGUUGUCGUCGGACUCAACAACAACAGCACCAGCAGCCAGUCCCACCUGGCAGGGGGAGGCCCUUCCAUACGCUCCACCACGCUCGUUUCAAGUCGUGUUUAUCGGAGCACAGGUCCCCCCGUGAUCAGCAUGCACUCCACCCUCCCAGGAUACGUGAUCAGUAACUCAGACCCAUCCAUACCUGAAGAACCUGAGGACAGCGGCCCCAAGCGGGUGGACGAUAUCUCGCUGAAGGAAAAUCUGCCUGUUCUUAGUACCAGCGCAACAGCUGAGGAUGAGGAGGAAACACUGUAGCAGUCGUCAAAAUGUCAAAAUGUGGUAGAGACUGAUGGAAAAGUUUGUAGGUGGAGCUGUGCCAACUCAAUGCAGUCUCAUGUAAUUCAAACUCUAAAGAAGGUAUCAAAGACAAAUAAAAAGUUUUAAUGUAUGUACAAAAAUGGAAAAAUAUCGUGGCCCCCGCCCCCCAUUUAAAAGAACUUAAAAAACUCGUAAUAAAAUCACAGUUCCAUCGUAGAAAAUCAGUUACACAGUUAUGAAAUUGUCAUGCCACAGUGUCUCGCUUGAUACUAACACCAAAAUCAGAAUACAAAAUUUUUAAAUUGUACACACAGGGGCUUUAAGAAAACAUGAUCAUGGUUAAAAAAAUUAAAAAAAUCAACGCCGACCGAUAGUUUGACACAGGCCAUGAACCGGAGCUGCCAUUAUUGAUGGCAAAUGUUUCAUAUGUCUGUUGACCUCCUCAACCUCCACAGCUACUCUUUUAACUCGCUAUGUGAACUAUUAGUGUGGCUGCUGCAUCGACCCUUUUACUGAAUCGUUUAGAAAUGAAACAAAAGACCCCUUAUUUUUAUCAGGGAGGGCAAUGCCAUAGUGCCCUCUAUUGCCAUUAAUGCAAAAUAUGCUGUUACAUAGACUGUGGUGGUCUGACUUUAUGGAAAUGUAUUUCAGCAUUUUCAGUAAAGUGCACUUUUCCUGCUGUCACCUUGAUUGUAUAACAAGAGUACCACAACUGAGGAUAAUGAUAAGACAGAUAAACAAAAUCACAUAGAAACACUACAGAAAUAUACUGUAUAUAGAAAUAAGUAUAAACUGGGUGAAAUGGGUGGUAAGAAAAAUGGUUGCUGCCUUUAAAAAAAAAAAAAAAAAGGUACCAGCAGCAUGAAAGCUCCUGGAAUGAGGAGACUUGAUGAACCUUUGUUCUUGCCAGCAAACGUUUGCUGAAUUUGAACAUACAGUAGAUUACUGUAUGUCAUUUUCUCCACAUAUCCCAAAGCUACAUAGAAAAUGUAAUUUACAGCCAUUUACAGGAGUUUCUAAACGUCCUGUUGGCUUAAUUACAAUUCCAGCAGAUGACAGUAUCUAUCAUGCAAGAGGAGGAUACAUCCUUGUGAUGAAUCCUUUUUAUGGAAAAAUUCAGUGUCAUGGUGAACUAAUGUGCUUGCUUGUACAGUCAGCCCACUUUGUGAAGAAUCUUGCGUUUUGUGAGGAAACUUGCUAGCUACAGCUGCCAAUGGAUUUUAUAGGUCCAGUGUGUAGGAAUUAGUGGCAUCUAGCGGUGAAAUUGCAGUUUGGAACCAUUUGAAUACCGCUCACCUCACCCUCCCCUUCCAAGCGUGUAGGAGAAACUACGGUGGCCACGA